GGGGGAUCCAAACACAGGCGCACCAGCGUUCCCCAAUAAAACUAAUCCUCCCACAAAUUUUUUGUUAUUUUUCGUUUCAGUGUUUUUACCAAGUUUUAGCCAAUCAGCUGCAUUAAAAAUCAAUAGAAAUUUUCCCAAUAAGUUUAGUGCAAACAUAAUGAAUAGUCCGCAUUUACGAAAAGGUUCCAAAAAACCUCCUGUAGCUGCCAAAGGCAAACUCCGCCUAUACAGCAACAGAUUCUGUCCAUACUCCCAACGCAUCAUGUUGGUUUUGGACGCAAAAAAAAUCGCGUACGAUGUGGUCAACAUAAACCUCUACAGCAAACCGGACUGGUACUACGACAUAAGCCCUUUAGGUAAAAUUCCAGCUCUGGAACUCGAACAAGGAGACGUCCUAUACGAAAGCCUCAUUAUAGCUGAUUAUUUGGAUGAAAAAUACCGCGCCCACCAUCUGCACAAUCCGGAUCCUUUGCAAAAAGCCAAAGACCGUUUGCUUAUAGAAGAAUUCAACAGGGUUGUCAACGCAAUGACGAAAAUCCUAACAAGCAUAGGAAGAGUAAACUUGGACGACGAUCAAGUGAUUGCAAACGGCCUAACUAACUUCGAACGCGAACUGCACAACAGAGGUACUGCCUAUUUUGGCGGUACCAAACCUGGCAUGUUGGACUUGAUGAUUUGGCCUUGGUGCGAAAGAGCCGAAAUCCUUAAGAUUUUCGGAAACUCUAACUUACUCAAAAAGGACAAAUAUAGGAAUUUAUUGGAAUGGUGCAAAAGAAUGACCGAAGAAUCGACUAUUAAAAGAAGCAUGAUGGAAUCGGCCACUCAUAUCAAGUACUUGCAGUCGUACCGUGCCGGCAGGCCCGACUACGAUAUGAUUUUGAAUUCUUCAGAUUAAACCCAUAUUUUUUUUUUUAUAAUUAUUGUGCCUUGCAUUUAAUUUAAGAUAAUUAUUUAAUAAAUAAUAUACGCACCCUUGUUUAAUUAGCAUACUUAUGACGUCAUAUUGUUGCAAGAUCCUUGCAUAGCCGUUGUGGUGGCGCCAUCUAUCAUUUCUUGUAGUAGUUAAAUAUCGAAAAUAAAGCAUUAUUUAUAAUAUUGCAACAACGGGCAAAUAAUAAUAAAUUAAUUAUUAAUAUUAUAA